UGCUUGUCAAUAUAUCUAUUUACCUUGAUUUUCACCUUUUUUGACCCCAGUGGUUUUGUCACGUUGUUGUUGCUCAGUGUAUGCGUCCACGUUUAGGUCAAGGGUCAUUCUGGCACGGUUGGUGUUGCCCCUGGUGAUACUUGCCUGACUAUGAUGAGGGUACUGAUGAGAGUAAACGCUGAACGGCCAUGACCCUUUUUGGGUUCAGUGUCUAGAUCUUGAAAGAUAAGGUGGAUCGAGAUAGUCUUAGUGCAGCACCCACGGCAUUUCGGCUCGGCGUUUCUUCACGCAGUCACAUACGCGCACUUGACAUCAGGCCGGACAUCGACAGUCAAAUCCAUCUAAGGACUGCAAAAUCUAAAUCUAAGAUCUAGUAUCAGCAGUCAGCAGAAUCCUCCAUUAGAACCGACUAUGAGUCUCACAUUCAAUGCUAUCUGUAGCCUAUUGCAAGACAUUGAGAAUAUUUCCACAAAUGGACCGCAACCGCCUUCAAAGCAAAAACAAGAGGUCAUCCAGCACGUUGUUUUGGACUGGUUCCAAAAUCAAAGAAUUGCCCUCGACGAUCCAGAUACAGAUGGCGGGGCUGUGCUCUCCAUCUUACUUCCGCACCGAAGGAAAGACCGCGUGUACGGUUUGCAAGCGCCCUUGCUCGCGAAGAAACUCUCACGCCUACUCACCUUUAGUCAUGGGCAACGCACACUAUUUGAAAGCUGGAAGACGGGCACCCAUGGCGACCUAGGUGCAUACAUCGAACGCACCAUGAAGCCUUGGGAUGGUACCUUCUCCAGCAAACCAGACAUCACAAUUAAAAGAGUUAACUGCCUGUUGGUACAAUUGGCAGCCAGUUGUAGAUUCUCGGAUGAGAAAACCAGAAGAAAUCGUGAUCCAGGGUUUGACAUCGACAAUGAACUCAAAAAUAUCAUCACAAGGCUUGAGUCUUGGGAAGCAAAAUGGCUAGUCCGCCUUCUACUUCGAGACUACUGCAUUAUUGAACUGGACGAAAGAGUUGUAACGCGGCACUAUCACUUUCUGUUACCAGAGCUGUUGGCGUUUCAGAACGACUACGAAGCAGCCUUUGAUGUACUCAAAGGUGAACUUAGUUGUUAUCCGGCGGUGCCUGAGUCGUGGGAAGAGGAACCCAUGCGCGUUGAGGCAGCGAAAAGACUAAAAGCUAGGGUCGGCGUCAAGAUUGGGCGACCGACCUUCCUAAAAGCAUGGUCGUUCGGCAACUGUUUUAAGCUUGUUGGCGAUGGCGCUUGGGCUGCCGAAGUCAAAUACGACGGCGAAUACUGUGAGAUCCACGUCGAUUUGGAAAAUGAAAAUAGCAACCUACGAAUCUUCUCCAAGAAUGGCAAAGAUGCAACCGCAGAUCGUACUGCUCUACACGGCACAAUCCGCAACGCUCUUCGUAUAGGCCAGCCAGACUCCUUGUUUAAAAAGAACUGUAUCGUUACGGGCGAAAUGGUGGUAUACAGCGACAAGGAGAAGAAGAUACUGCCAUUCUCGAAGAUUCGCAAGUAUGUCACACGCUCAGGAUCCUUCAGAGUCACGCUCAACAGCUCUGCGGUUCAUCAACAGGAGCAUCUCAUGAUUGUCUUCUUUGAUGUUUUGACUGUAGAUGACGAGCCCGUUUUGCGUCACUGCCUCGAGGACCGCCGCAAAAUUCUUCACAAACUUAUCCAUGUCAUGCCAGGUCGGUCCAAGCUCUCACAGUGGACCUUGUUGGAUUUUAAGACAGGGAGUGGUAUAACAGACCUUAAACAGACAUUCGCCCGCACCCUAGCCGAUCGCCAAGAAGGAUUGGUACUGAAACCGUUGCAAGCGCCCUAUCUGCCCUUGCUAUCUGAGCAAGGUCAGCGUCAAACAGGUUUCUUCAUCAAGGUAAAGAAGGAUUACUUAGGCGAUAUGGGCGGUGAGCGAGACUUGGGCGAUUUCGCUGUGAUUGGAGCCAGUUUUGACGCGCAGGCUGCAACGAAGACGAAUCUAAAGCCUCUACACUGGACACACUUUUACCUAGGAUGCUGCGUCAACAGGGAUGCGGCCCUACUGACAGGGGCCAAGGCAAGGUUCACUGUCGUCGCUACUUUGAGCGUUGAAAAGUGUAUUCCAAGGUUUGACGCAAAGUACCUGAAUAUCCAGGGCUAUAUCCGUCAGACCACUUUGCAUGAGAGUGGCGCCACCUCUGAAUUCGACAUAAUAAAUUUCAGGGACCACUACUACAGCCGGCGUAUGACUGUUGCCUUCAGGAACCCCUUGAUCGUUGAGAUUCUUGGGGGAGGGUUCGACAAGUCGCCUCAUACGUCAUUUGAGAUGCUACGUCAUCCGCGGGUUCAGAAGAUUCACCAUGAUAGGACGUGGGAGGGUGCGGUCACUAUGCAAGACUUGGAGCGCAUGGCUCAGGAGAAAUUUUCAGUGCCCGAUGCGGACAAGCUUGAUGGGCAUGCGAGAGAUGUCGCAUUGUUGGUUGAGAAGUAUGCCAGGGUGAGAAAUGGGCCUCAGGAGACUGUUGUUACGGGGUAUACGACGCAGAAGAUGAUACAACGGAUGAGUCCUUGUCCUUUGCGAGAGACGCCGCAGAGUUCGCCCACAGAGGCCGAGUCCCCUGUGACGUCUGGUGGUUCUCAGAUCCAGCAGAUACAAUCUGACACUGACACAGACACAGAGAUUGAUACAGACCGGUCAACUUCUGAUGGUUCUGCUGACAAAAGCGUUCAGGCUAAGGGCCUACGCGCUUCCCGCGAAUUAAGGUCAUGCAAAAGUACUUUUGAGCAGGUGACUGCCUUGGUCCCGGACCCACAGAGUCUGACAGCACAAGAGGCUGCUAGCUCGACUGUGAAUGAUUCCAGCCUGCUGUCUGGUGUGGUGACGGGCAAAAGACGGAGUCUCUUUGAACCCAUUAGUCCGCCGAACAUUAAACGGAGAAGGAGUCGUUGCCCACUACAGGUCACGGAUGGAAAUUGGCAGGGGAGCCGCUUAGAUUUGCACUUGGACACGAGUAGGAAAAGCGGUUGUAUAUCCGGGGAAGAAGGGAGAGAAGAAGAGAAUACGUUGCCUAAAGUAGAAAAAUAGAUUGAUAGAUCGUAUCGUGCU